AUGGCUCGCUACCACAACCCAGAACGAAAUACAGUAAUCCCAGAUCCUACUGAUAAGACGUAUAAAUGUCAGGAGCCAUCUACUAAUUUCUCUGAAAUUCUAGGCAACCAAAACAGAAGCGCAAGAAUUCGGGCAGUCACCAGAGAUCGCUCCAAAUUCAAAGAAGAGCAGAGGGUGCAACAGGAGGGUCGUGCUAUGGAACGCUUUGCAUAUCGCCCCUUCCAGCCCGGUGACAUCUAUUCUCCUCACGAUCUCAGCCCCGCCGAGCAGAAGAAAUGGAAGAGAACUCAGGCCCCGGCCACAGACGUCUUUGAUGCCCUCAAUCUCAACCCGUUAGAUCAAUACAAGAAUUUCUCCAUGAUGACCGAAUACAUGACUCAUAUGGGUCGCAUCAAGCAUAGGAAUGUGACUGGUCUGCGCGCCGUCAACCAACGCAAGCUGGGAAAGGCAAUCCGAAGAGCCGUCGGCCUGGGUCUCAUGCCGAGUGUGCACGGUCAUCCGGAAAUUCUAGCACAAACAGUGAGAUAUAAGCUGGAAAGGGGUUUCUAUGGAAAGGAGUGA